AUGGUUCAACGUCAAUCAAAUUUGAUAAAAUUUUACAAAGUAAAUCCUAUUUAAAUUUUCUAAAGUAACAUAUCUGUCAAGCCAAACCGAGUCGAGUAUGUUCCCUACGUAUAUACGAAAUGAACGGGUUUGUUUAUAAACAAAGAAAUGAGCCUAGAAAUACAAUGUCUGUGGUCAAAUACUUAUGUCAACAAACUGUACAUAACCUCACUCUUCUCUGAAGAAAAGUUUAAAUAUUUGGCACCCGAACUGAGUACUUUCCGCCCAUAAAAAUGACCACAUACUUGCAAGAACUCCUUCAAGUGACCCCACCUGUGAUAAUCAAAGCCGAAGAAAACAAACCUCUGCACUCACUACAGCCCCAAAUCGACCCCCCAAAGCCGCCGUACCACUGCACCAGCAACCUAGAAGUGUACAUGUGCACCCACUGCGGCAUGUCUUCCUCUUUCAAAGUCCUACUCCACGUCCACAUCCUCCUAGUCCACAAACAGUCCCCGGAAAAACACAUCCAAUACGAACCCCACCAGUGCCAAAACUGCCCCUUCACCACUUUCUCCCUCCUCCUGCUCUUCAAACACUACCGCCGCCACUGCAUCAUCCACAAAUGUAAAGAGUGCCCCUUCAAAACCUUCAACAAACCCAACCUUACAUACCACAUCAAAAAGCGCCACCUCUCCAAACUCAAAAAACCCAUCACCUGCCCCCACUGUGCCUACCGGGCCAAAAGCAGCCAAGUCCUCGAGGCCCACGUUCUGAGCAAACACACCUCGCCGGAGAACAUCCAGUGGGUGGAGUGUGACCUGUGCUCCUACCGAGGCAAGCAUAAAGAGUAUUUGCGCAAACACAUGGCUUCCAUGCACAGAGUCGUCUCGGCGGAUAAGUGGUUCGAAUGCAACCAGUGUCUGUUUCGGGCGUCGUCGAGGUAUAGUUUGAAGUCGCACAAACUGGAGCAGCACACGCUCCAGAAUAAUUAUAAAUGUAGCAUGUGUGCGUUUUCGGCCAAAUGGAAGAUACAUUUGAAGCGGCACGAGCUCGAGAAGCACGCCUUGCCGGGGGAGAUUAAGUGGUUUGAAUGUGAACAAUGCGACUUCAAGGCGAAGAGGAAGAGCAACUUGAAGCAGCACGUGCAGGCGAGACAUGCUGAAGUGGAGGAGUGGUUCGAGUGUGAAGAGUGCGGCUGGAAGACGAAGUGGAAGAAGAAUAUGAAGCUGCACAAGGAGCGGAUGAAGCACGUGGGGGAGAACUUGUAGAUUGUUUUUAGUUGUUGUUAAACUGACUGAAUUUGUUGUUAAAUACGUUCGAAUAAAUCCGUGACUGUU